AUGGAUAUUUGGUCAAGCACAGAUGCCAACCCCCCCCCCCCCCCCCCCAUGCAUGGAUCCCACCCCCACCCCUAGUAUAUAUGGAUCACACCCCCACCCUCUAUGUUAAUAGAUCCCACCCCCCACCCCCUAUAUCAUAUAGGUAAACAUAUAAGUAUCAAAUCUUACAAAUAAGACAUACAAGAAAAUUUUAGUUAAUUCAUAAAUGGAUUUCAUAAAUAGAUUCAAAUAAAUAUUUAUGAUCAUAACUCCCCCCCCCCCUCCCGUGAGCGAACAAAACCAUUAGAAAAAUCGCCAUUUUUUGACCAAAAACCCACCCUCCGUGAGUGAACAAAAAUUUUUUUAAUAGAAAAAAUUUUAAUGGAAAAAAAUUUUGAUAUAUAAGUGAUAAUUAGUAUAAUGAAAUCUAGAGCUAAUUCUGUUUAAUUUUAAAACAAAUUGCGUUUUAAAACAUAAAUUUUGCAAAUUAAAUUAAUAUUUGCUUCCCAAUUUUUGCAAAUUAGGAUUUUUUUAAAUUUCGAAAAAAAUAUAUUUUUAAUAAAAUUUAUAUAUAAAUUUUUUUUAAAAAAAAAAAUUAACCCCCCUCCGUGAGCGAACAAAAUUUUUUUGUUCGCUCACGGAGGGGGGGGGGGGAGUAAGUAUAUUUAGCAUAGACAGAUAUAGCCAAUAUAUUAGUAAUACAUUUAAAUAAAAUAAUUGCAAAAAACUUGUUACAUAGAAAGGAAUCAAUAAAUGACUCAAAAAAUAUUUUGAUAUUUCUUAUAAAGUCUUUUACUCCCCCCCAUUUAAUAACGAACACUUUUUUAGUUCGUUAUUAAAUGGGUCCAACUUAUAAAAUUUUUGGGAAAAAAAUAUAAAAAUUAUAUUAAAUAUCUAUGAUUUUUUAUAUAAAAAUUUCAAUAAAGGGUUAAUAAUAAAAAAGUCAAAUGAUGACAACAUAAAGAUAAAGCGCCUGAAUUCAUGCGAAAAAAUAACUAUUGCUAACUCCCCCACCUCCGUGAGCGAUCAAAACCAUUAGAAAAGUCCCUCACUUUUCGUGAGCAAACAAAAAUUUUUUUAAUAGAAAAAUUUUUUUAUGGAAAAAAGUUUGAUAUAUAAGCUAUAAUUAUUAUAAUGAAAUCUCUGCCUAGUUCUUUUUAAUUUUAAACAAAUUGCGUUUUAAAACAUAAAUUUUAUAAAUUCAAUUAAUAUUUGCUUUCCAAUUUUUGCGAAUUAGGAUUUUUUUAAAUUUCGUAAAAAUAAUAUUUCUAUAAAUUUAUAUAUAAAUUUAAAAAAAAAAUAAUCUCCUUCGUGAGCAAACGAUAUUUUUUGUUCACUUACGGAGGGGGGAGUAAAACACCAUCUUAAGAUUAAGCCACUAUUAGCUCUUAUUUUAUAUUCUUUGCUCGAUUAUGCUUGUCUUUAUCUUACUCUAACUACUCAAAAUUAAUAAACUGUAAAGACUAAAUUAGCUUAUAUAUAAAUUUUAUAGUAAAUUUUGUUCGUUAUUAAAUGGCCUAACUCCCCCCCAUCCUUGAUCGAACGAUGGCGAGUCGUUCGAUCAAGGAUGGGGGUUAAAAAAAAUUUUUUUGGGAAAAAAAUUUUAUAUAUAAAAUAAAAUAUAUAUAUAAAUUGUUUUUUAUUUACUUUUAAAUAAGAGGGUUAAGAGUAUUUAAUAAUUUUUUUUACAGCAAAAAAUUGAAUUAAUUACAUAAAAAUACCAAUUUUUUAUAUUUUAAUUUAUUAGUUACCCCUUUAAACUGUAUAAUUUUAAUUUGUUACUUAUUAAAUUAAAAUUUUGUUUUUUAAAAAAUUUUAAAAAAUCUCUAUUUUAUUAGAUUAUUGAGUUUUUAAGCCCAUGUUGAUGACUAAAAUUACUUUGAAUAGUUGAUUCCGAAGCUUUCUGUCGUCUCAAAGUCUCUGAAACAACUUCAUUAGGUACAUCUUCCCAAGCUUUUGCUAACUAUUAUAUUUUUAUAUAUAUAUAAAAAUUUGCAUGAUAUGAAAAUCGUUCGAUCAAAGAUGGGGGUUAAUUUCCCCAAUUUUUAGGAAUUUUUACAGUCAAUCGUUCGAUCAAGAUGGGGGGGAGUAAGGAAAAUUUUUAGGAAAAAAAAUGACGGUUUUGUUCGUUAUUAAAUGGCGGGGGGGAGCUAGCCUGCAUUCUUUAGAAAUUUUUGACCUUUAUAUGAUUUAAAACACGAGGUAUGUAUUUGAAGAUUCAUUGAAAAUAUGCUUCCUCGUUAGCACACUGCAUCCGAUUUUUUUUUUCAUCCCUAUGACUUUGAAUUUUUUAUGCUGUCAGCAAUUAAUAUGUUUUAAUUGCCUUUAAUACAGUUUACAUUAUAUAGGGGGGUGGGGGGGGUAGCAUCUAUUAAUGGAAUGGGGGUGUGGGUGGGAUCCAUAGAUGCAAGGGGGGUGGGGGGGUGAUCCAUACAUACUAUCUGAGGGGGUAGGGGUGUGAUCCAUACAGGGGUGUGGGGGUGUGAUGUAUACAUCCAAACUGGGGAGGUGGGGGGUAGGGGGGGUAGGGGAAUGGGGAUGGGGAUGGGGGGGUUGGCAUCUGUGCUUGACCAGAUAUUCUUAAUCCAAAAACUACAAGUUUUCAGUCUCAAACAUUUUCAGCAGAAAGACAUAAUAUUGAAUGCAAUUGUAAACAGAAUUUUGAAUUUACUAUUUCUCAUAUAAUCAGCAUGUAUUUGUCAGGAGAGCUUCUUUCUCACUUUCUUCCUGGCGAUGAGCAUAUAAUAGAAGGAAUUAAGCUAAAGCUAGAUAAACUCUCUAGUAUUCCAAAUGAUAAGCUUUCUUUAUUAAGCGAAAGUAUCGACCACGUUAUCUUAUCCUUUUGUGCAAAAUUACAUCAGAUUCCUCAAUCAGAAAUUUUAUCAAAAGCUACUAGGCUUAAAAAUUCAAAAAUUACUCAUUCUAUUGGAGCCCAUAAAUGUGAAAGUCCUAGGAUGGUAGAUGACAUACCUAUAAAGCAAUUUGGGGAAAAACAAGAAGUAUUAAUUCGCACUGAAAGCUUAGGACAAAUGAUUGAAGAAGAGCAAGCUAAAGGAUUGCCAGUCCUUUUCAUAUUAACAAGAUAUUUUGGAAAUAACGAAGAUCAAUGCAUAGCCUGAAAUUUAAAUGAAGAAAGCUUGAAAGUAAAUAAAUAUCCACUUCAUAAAAGAGUUGAGCCUUACAGCAAAUUAAGAUACAAAGAAAGCGCCCAAGAAUUAAAAUUGCUCAAUAAUUUUGAUACUUUAUUUUUGCAUUUAAGAAGGGCUUAUAUUGAAUUAUGUGAAAUCACAGGAAAAAAUGAAUUAGAAAACCCAAAUGAAGAAGGAUCACUGGAAAAAAUUUUAAUAGGACUUUUGGAGAAAAUAGAGAAAUUGAAGCACAUACAUAAAAUUAUUAGAAAAAAGUGCUCGAUUUUUAAAGAAAGGCUGCAUGAAAAAGAGUUUAAUAUAGGGUUUAAGGAAGGUGGGAGAGAAAAAACUUCUGAGGAGAGCAAGCACACAAAAAUAAUAUGGGAUAUGCAAAAAGAUAUGAAUGACUUUUGUGAAAAAGCUACACAGAUCCCAGAGUUAGAAAAUUUGAGUGAUAGCAUCGCUACUCAAGAAAAUAAAGAAAGCAAAGAAGGAUUCAAUAAUGUGCAAGAAUAUAAUAAAGCUCAAGAAUGCGUUAAAGACGAGACAAGUUCUCAUAAAAACAUAAAAGCAAAUAUAAAGACUAAAUAUUUUGAAGCUGAAUUAAAAUAUAAGGAAAACAAGCUAGAUGUUGAUGGUCCGGGUCCUGAAACAGUAAAAUCCAUUAUAAACCAAGAUGAAGUCCAGAUUGAUAAAACUGUUGCUUCAACAGGAGAAAGCAAGAAAAUAUAUAUUAAUGAGAGCAGCGAAAUAGAUAGAAAAAUGAAUAUCAAUGUAAAGUCUUUCAGUGCAAGAUUAGCUAGGGGGUCAGAAAAUCAGCCUGAAAACUUUAGUCAAAAUAUCGAUCCUAAUAAUAUAAAUGAGGAGAUAGAAGAAGAUGAAAAAAUAGAUGAUAAAAGCUUUGCUAAUAAAGAAGGAGAUAAAAAAAGUAAGGAAAUUAAAAAAGAUUCAGAAGAGGCCAAGAUCAAGCCUUUAGUUUUUGAGAAGUAUCAAACAAGAGAAAUUGAUGCUCCAAUAGAUGAGUCAGAAGUUGGUGAAAAUUUUGUUGAUAAAGGGAGAGAUGAUAAAAGUGAGAUAGUUAAAAACAGCUUAGAAGAGACUGAAAAUAAAAGUGAGAUAGUUAAAAACAGCUUAGAAGAGACUGAAAAUAAAAGUGAGAUAGUUAAAAACAGCUUAGAAGAGACUGAAAAUAAAAGAGAGAUAGUUAAAAACAGCUUAGAAGAGACUGAAAAUAAAUCUUUAGAUUCCAUAAAAAAUGAAGCAAGAGAAGUUGAUGUUCAUAUAGGGGAAUUCGACUCAAUUCUGGAAAAGGAUAAACUCCAAGAUUUGAUAGAAAAUGCUUCAAAGGAAAAGGAAACUGAAAGUGAAUUACAAGAUAGUUUAGAAUAUAAAAAGUCUUUGGACUUUGAAAUAACAAACACUGUAAAAUUUGAUAAAACUUCCUUUGAAGUCUCAGAGAAUAAUGAAGUUAAAGAUGCAAAGUUAACUGCUGAAACUGGGAAUGAAAAGCAAGUCAUCAAAGCAACUGAGGAGUCUGCCUUACUAAACGAUAGCCAGAUACCUAUAAUUAAUGAAAAAAAUAAGGACCUUAAUGACCAAAUCAAGAAAACUGUAGAGAUGAAGUGCUCUUUUAUCACUGAAAAAUCUAAAACUCAUAAUUCAAGUCUUUUGAACAGUGAAAAAAAUGAUUUAUCACAAAAUGUUAGUAGUAUGACUGCAGAAAUUAUUGAAGAAAAUAAUCCCGUAAUUAUUGAUCUCAAACUAUCUUCAGACGUCAAAGCAAGUCCUUGUGAAAUAAACGAAAAAACAAAAGAUGAAGAUUUGAAUAGGAGCAAUGAAUUAUUUUGUAGCUCAGAAGAUAAACAAAGAUCAAUUGAAAUGUCUAUAAAGAAAAAUUCUAAAGUUAAAGCAACGCUUGAAGAGGAAAAGGAAGAUACGAAGUUUGAAAAAUUACUUUAUGACAAAAAAUUAGAAGAAAAUAAAGAAAAUGAGUUGGAUAAGAAAAGGGGAAUCAAAACAAAGCUAUCAAAAUCUACAAAAGAAAUAGGUAAAACAAAAAAUGAGAAGUCCCAGCUAUUUGAUGAAGAAGCUCAAUUGAUACCAGAAUCUCCUACCAUUUCGGAAGAAGUUAAGCUAGCUGAUGAAAUAUCAAAUCCCAAAGAAGAUUUAAUCGAAAAUCAAGUCCCAGGAAGUGAAGAAAAUAUUGGAAGCGACCAAUUAGAUCAUCUUCGGAAAAUUCAGACUUUGAUGACAAAAAGAAUUAAGCAAAUUAAUAAGCCUAAAAUAGAAAUCCCUACUUCAGAACCAUCAGAUCAAGAUGAAGAAAAUUCCGAGUCAAAUACCCCUGAAGAAAAUAAGUCGGUAGGGCUGUUUGAUGCUCUUCGCGAGUUGAAAACCAGAUUAACUAAAAGAGUUAGGCAAGUUAUUAAGAAAAAAACCAUACCUAAGGAUUCUUCAACAAUUGAGAGCAAAAAUGAAAUGCUAACUCCUAAUGAAAUAAAUCAAAAUUUCAUCGAGAAUGAGCUUCCAAUUAAUGAAGCUGAAGAAGAUUUGCAAAGAGAAAUUGUAGAUGAAGGCGGGAAGAAGCGGAAAUUAACGACAAAAUUGCAGAAAAAGACAAAAUUUGUCCUGAAAAAAAUUAAAGCAAUUAAUGCUUUUGGAAAGGUAGAUAAAAGUGAUCCUCCAACACCUUAUGAAGUCGGUAAGACAGCGUCAUUGUCUUCAUUAAGAGAAGCUAAAACACCUUCACCUUUGCCAGAAGAUGCUGACUUAUCAUUUCCUAACAGAAGUGAGGGAAAGAGGAGAACUCAGCUAUAA